AUGGCGAAGUGUAAAACUGACUGCAUUGAGAAGCCUAUUUCUCUGAUCUUUGAAAAGUUUGGUCGCAUUGUUGGAAAUUAUCCCUUCGUGUUUUUCAUAUUACCUUUACUUGUAGCUGCUGCUCUUGGAGCUGGUUUUAUGUUUCUUGACGAGAGGGAAGCAAAUGAUAUCGAAGACCAGUUCACACCUGUAAACGGACCAGCGAAGCAGGAGAGAGAGAUUGUGCUGAAAUAUUUCCCACAAUCUGAAGAGUUUUCUCAACUGCGGCUUUCGUCUGAAGGAACUUACGCCUCUUUGAUCAUUACAGGUUUGGCGAAAACAAACAUAUGGACUGAGGCAGCUUUUACAGACAUUAUUGAGUUAGAUAGACAAGUGAAAAAUAUUACAACAGGAAACACUUUUGAAAACCUUUGUGCCAAAACUAAGGGAAAGUGCGUGUCAAAUGAAAUUUUAGACAUCAUAAAUUACAAUCCUGGUGAAAUUAUUUCUACAACCAUUAGAUAUCCCAUGAAUACUGGCACAUUUUUAGGAACAAGUGUCGGUGGUGUAGAGCUAAAGACAGGAGGCUCAGAGAUAAGCAGCGCUAAAGCAGUCAGACUUUUUUAUUUUUUAAAAGAGGAAAACACUACACAAAACACUCUGUGGCUUACUGGCUUUCUAAAAUUCUUCUCAAACUAUUCAGAGCUGAAAACGGUGCGUGUUUCUUACUUCACAUCAAUUUCAAGACAGAAUGAGUUCGAGUCCAAUGCAGACUCUGUGAUCCCUCUCUUCUCCGUUACAUAUUUCCUGGCCAUUACCAUUUCCAUUCUUUCUUGUUUGAGGUUAGAUUGUGUUAGAACCAAGGUUUGGGUUGCUGUGGCUGGUGUCAUCUCUGCUGGUUUGGCUGUUCUUGCCAGUUUUGGUUUAUUGCUCUACUGUGGAAUGCCUUUUGCUAUGACUGUCGCCUCUGCCCCUUUUUUGAUUCUUGGUAUUGGAGUUGAUGACAUGUUCAUCAUGAUCUCCUGCUGGCAGAAGACUAAAGUUAAAGAAGAAGUUGAAGAUCGUUUAGCAGAAACAUAUAAAGAAGCUGCUGUGUCCAUCACUAUCACCACACUGACAGAUGUGAUGUCUUUCUACAUCGGUCUGUUGACUCCAUUCGGCUCUGUUCAAUCUUUCUGCAUGUACACCAGUACAGCUAUUCUCUUCUGUUACAUCUUCAACAUCACUUUCUUUGGUGCUUGUCUUGCACUGAAUGGAAGGAGAGAGAAGGGUAAUAAACAUUGGCUGACCUGCAUGAAUGUCCCAGAAGUUGAUAGUGUUGAUGCUACUGGUAAUGUGUGUUGUGUUGGUGGAGCUUAUGAUAAAAACACUGGCACUGAUGAGGCAAUGCCAAUGGAUUUAUUCUUUAAAAAUCACUACAGCCCGUUUCUGACAAAGACCUGGGUAAAGAUCUCUGUGUGUUUGUUUUAUUCUGGCUAUCUGGCAGUUAGCAUCUAUGGAUGUCUUCAACUACAGGAAGGUCUUGAUCUGAAACAUUUAGCAACAGACGGCUCAUAUGUUGGUAGUUACUAUGAUGAUGAAGAUCAAUUCUUUUCUUCUUAUGGUCCCAAUGUCAUGUUAGUCAUAACAGAUGAAAACUUUCAGUAUUGGAGUUCAGAUGCACGUCAAAACCUUGACUCGUGUCUCGAAAUUUUUCAAAAUCUGUCAAUGGCAUCUAAAGAUUCAGAAAUUGUACCCAUUUCAUGGCUUCAUGCAUAUAUGAACUUUGGAGAGAGCGCUGGUAUAAAUUUAGAUAUUGAAAAACAAUUCAAACAAAAUUUAACUAGGUUUCUUAAUGGUUCUGGUUUUAGUGAAGAUGUAAACUUCACUAACAAUACGAUUUUGGCAUCACGUAUGUUCAUUCAGACUGUGAACAUCAGGACAUCAGUCGAUGAGAAGAACAUGCUGAAUGCAUUCAGAGAAACAGCAGCAAAAUGUGGAAAGUUACAGACGGCUGUUAAUGUAAUGGUGUAUCACCCUGCGUUUAUCUAUUACGAUCAAUACGCUGUCAUAGUCAGUAAUACAAUUCAGAAUAUAGUCGUAGCUACGUGUGUAAUGUUAGUUAUUUCACUCUUGUUAAUCCCAAAUCCUCUCUGUUCUGUCUGGGUGACAUUUGCUAUCGCAUCCGUCAUUGUGGGUGUGACUGGUUUCAUGGCAUUAUGGGAUGUUAGUUUAGACUCAGUAUCUAUGAUUAAUCUGGUGAUCUGUAUUGGAUUUUCUGUGGAUUUCUCUGCUCACAUAUCUUACGCUUUUGUGUCCAGUGAGGAAGCGUCGGUGAAUGAAAAAGCCAAAGAUGCCCUCUAUAAACUGGGAUAUCCAAUAAUACAAGGUGCAGCUUCCACUAUUGCAGGUGUAGUGGUGCUUGCUGCUGCAAAAAGCUACAUCUUCAGGACCUUCUUUAAAAUCAUGUUCUUAGUGAUAUUGUUUGGAGCCGUCCAUGGCGUUGUGUUCAUACCUGUGUUCCUCACUUUCUUUGGCAUUUGUGACCGGAUGUCACGUACCAAACCUGAUAAAAAUACACAGUGUGAAAUGCAAUCUGAGAAUAGCAAUAGAAAUUCGCAGCAAGUAUCAACAGUAAAGAGCAAUGGUCAGACGAAUGAGGGGUUUACCAGUCCUGACUGUUACUGA